UGCAGCACAUGCACAGCAACUUGCAACCAAGGAUACCAGUUUGAAAAUAAACAAGCGACUGUUGAGCGGGGAUGUGACAACUAUAAUGGAAAAUACUUUGAUGACACCGUCAUUCCGAAAUGUCUUCCUGUAUGUAAUCCCAAAUGUCUGAACGGAGGAAGAUGUGUGGGGCCGAACCAGUGCCAAUGUACCAGUGACUUCACAGGCACAGUUUGCCAGAAACACAUUGACAAAUGUGCCUCACCGUCGGCCCCACAAAAUGGAGACAUUCAGUGCAGCACUGAUCUUGCGGCCACUGCCACCACGUGUGUUGUCACGUGCAAGCCGACGUUCAAGUUUGAGAAGGCACCGGCUGCUGCGUACAAGUGUACUGCCGAUGGAACGUGGACGCCACCAAAACAGUCCAUCCCAAACUGCAUCUUGGAUACGACACCAAAACCUCAAGUGCAUCUGGGAGCGGCUUCGUGCGUGGCGUGGGGCCAGGACCACUACCGGACGUUUGACGGCAAGAUCUACACAUUCACAGGGCAGUGCCGCUAUCUUCUCACCAAAGACUGCUCGUUCAACACGUUCGACAUCCACGUCAUGAAUGACCGCAGCUGUCAAGGGCAGUGCCACAGAGAACUCGACAUCUACCAGGGCAGCACCAAGAUCUCACUGCGUCACGGCGCCACCGGACCGGUGAUCACCUGGGAUACCGAUGUCGUAAUGAUUCCCAGUUCCAGGGACGGCGUGGUCUUUGAGCAGAUUGGGUCGUACAUCACCGUGCACAGUGGUUUGGGCUACAAAGUCAAGUGGGACGGCCGAGAGUCGGUGUUCGUGCAGCUGUCGGAGGACCUGAAGGGCAAGACGUGUGGUCUUUGCGGAGUCUAUGAUGGAGAUCCAACCAAUGACUUCACAGCAGAUGGGGGAGCUGUUGUCCAAUCAGCAUCCAGCUUUGGAACCAGCUGGAAGAAAACCUUACUGGGGGAAGCUCAGUGUCCUGACGUUCCCCAGAAGACGGCGUGCCAGACGGACACGGCGGAACACAGCCGAGUUACCAGUCUAGCCACAACCAACUGUGAACAGCUCCUCAACGACAACGCAUUCAGCACCUGCAGACUGGCAGUUGACCCGGCUCCCUAUGUUGAAAUAUGCAAAGCGGACUGCUGUGCAGCUGGCGGAACGACAAAUUGUUCUUGCAACACUUUCGAAAGCUAUUCCAGGGCUUGCUUACAAAAGAAUAUGAAGAUUUCUUGGAGAACAACUCAGAGAUGCCCUAUUGCUUGUCCCACUAACAUGGUGUACAAGGAAUGCGGCAGUUCUUGUCAGAAGAAGUGCACCGACUUGUCGCCCACCUGCACCGACAACACGUGCGUGGACGGGUGUUUCUGUCGUGACGGGACCAUCCUGCACAACGGACAGUGCAUUUCUCCCAACGCAUGUCCCUGUGAACACCCACUCAACAAGAGUCAGGAGUUUCAACAAGGGGAGACAAUUCCACAGGAAUGCAACACAUGCACAUGUAAGGCGGGUCACUGGGACUGCACGACGAAGAAAUGUGAGAAAACAUGUUCGGCAAUUGGUGAUCCUCACUACAUGACGUUUGAUGGAAAGAGAUUCAACUUCAUGGGCACCUGCUCCUAUUACCUGAUAAAAAAUCCAAACUUCGACAUCAUCGUGGACAACAUCAAAUGUGGACAUGGCGUGGCGUCGUGUACGAAGUCUGUGACAAUCGAUAUCAAUGGUAACACCAUCAAGCUGGACCACAAUCACCAGCUGUUCAUCAACAACAAGCAGAUCACACGCCUCCCAUAUGAGGGAAACGGAAUCAAGAUCAAGAUGGUGUCUUCGCUCUUCAUGCAGGCCGAGCUGAGCAAUGGAAUCACGAUCCUGUGGGACGGACGGACAAGAGCGUACAUCAAGGCUCCCCCGUCCUUUAAGGGGCAGGUGAUGGGGCUGUGUGGCAACUUUGAUGGCAACCAGAACAACGACUUCAAGACCAAGGAAGGAGACAUUGAGACGAACACGAACGCAUUUGGUAACAAGUGGAAGACCGAAGAAACCUGUACCGACAUGCCAACCACGCCCCAGCCCCACCCGUGUGACGUUAAUGCACAGAGGAAAGUGAAAGCCAAGGAGGCCUGUGAUCAUCUGAAGAGUGACGUCUUCAAAGCCUGCCAUGCUGUUCUCGACCCUAAUGAAUUCUACGAGGACUGUCUGUACGAUGUGUGUGCUUGCACCGACAACCUCAAGGACUGCAUGUGUCCCAACUUGGGCACGUACGCCGACAACUGUGCCGCUAAAGGAAUCCGCAUCAACUGGAGGUUCAAGAUUCCCGACUGUGCCCUGCAGUGCCCCGGUGGACAGGAGUACCAGGUGUGUGGCAGCCCGUGUGCGAGAACGUGUCGGAACCUGGCCGAGAACGAGCACUGUGGCGAGAACAACAAGUGUGUGGAAGGCUGCAACUGUCCGAAGGGUCAGACCCUCGACGACAACGACCAGUGUGUCGACAUUGCCAUGUGUCCCUGUAUCUUUGACAACCGAGAGUACCCACCCGGCUUCGUCACUGCAAAGGAAGGAAAGAUAUGUGUUUGUGCGGGAGCCCAAUGGAACUGCCAGCCGAUACCCACCCAAGGCACGGGGCCGCCCAUCACCGUGACUCACAGGCCAGUCCAAUCUCUGUGUCCAGACAAGAUGGAGUACAGCACGUGCGUUAGUCCGUGUCCCGUCACGUGCGACAACAUGCAUGACCCGCUCACCUGCUCCAAUGCCAACUGCAAGGCAGGGUGCGAGUGCAAGCCAGGCUUCGUCAAAGAGGGAGAUAACUGCAUCAACAAGACCAUGUGUCCGUGUCACCACGGUGGCAAGGCAUUUUAUGAGGGCGACAAAAUAACCAUGGAUUGUAAUCAGUGUGUGUGUAAGAGUCGCAGGUGGGAGUGUGGAAACAAAGACUGCCCGGCCAUCUGCAGUGCUAUAGGAGACUCGCACUACACCACAUUUGAUGGAAAGGAAUACAAGUUCCAGGGUGCUUGUAUGUACACACUGGUAAAAUCGACAGCCACAAACCCGACCAAGUUCCAAGUGACCACGGAGAACAUCCCGUGUGGAACGUCUGGAGUGACCUGUACCAAGGCUAUUGAGAUCAUCAUUGGGGAGCCGGGAGAACACGACUUCUACCGACUAGAGUUGAUUCGUGGCAAGCCAGUAAUACCGGAACCUGGAUCACCCUUCAUCAUAAAGGACGUGGGCAAUUUUGUGUACAUAAACACGAGCCUGGGCAUCAACAUCAUGUGGGAUAAGGGAACACGAGUGUAUAUUCAACUUUCCACCAUGCACAGAAACAAGGUUGCUGGUCUGUGUGGUAACUUCAACGGCGACCAGAAGGAUGACUUCAAGAUGCCUCAGGGCGGACCUCCGUCCGUGUCGGCCACAGCGUUUGGUGACAGCUGGAAGGCGCACGACUACUGCAGUCCUUCCAAGGCCGUGGUCGAUACGUGCCAGGUGAACCCUCAUCGGAAACCGUGGGCUCAGAGGAAGUGUGGCAUCAUCCAUUCGGACCUGUUUGAACCGUGCCACUCGGAGGUUGACUACAAGCCUUUCCUAGACAGGUGUAUUUUCGAUGCUUGUGCCUGCGAUCUGGGUGGAGACUGUGAGUGUCUGUGUACAGCCAUUGCAGCUUAUGCCCACGAAUGCGCCAUCAAAGGAACGCCCAUUCACUGGAGAAGCAAUGAUCUGUGUGCCAUUGAAUGCCCAGACUGCAUGACGUACAACCCGUGUGUUUCGACCUGCCCCAAGAAGACAUGCGACAACCGGCUUGUGUUUGACAGCAUCACCGUGGACUGCAAGAAGGACCUGUGUUUUGAGGGCUGUGACCUGCAGACCUGUCCUCCAGGCCAGGUGUUCGAUGGAAGCGUGUCCCCUAUGAAGUGCAUCCCCGAACCUUUCUGCACAACAACAGCCUGCGUGAUCAACGGCAAGAGUUACAGAGAGGGAGAACGCAUUGAAGACACCAAGGCUUGCCGGAUCGACUGUGAAAUCUGUACCUGCAACAGUGGUCAGCUUAAACGGAUGGGCUUCUGUACAGGAACAACACCUUUCAUCGCCCAGCCAUCUCUGUCUCCAUCGGCGAUGCCGCCAGUGUCACCCACCGUCCAGCAGAUUCAUCCAGCAGUGUGUACAUCUUCGGGGUGGACGGCGUGGAUGAGUGCCAACACACCGACACCAGCGAACCGUGGCGACGUCGAAAACAUUGACAGCCUGCGCAAGACAUACUCGUUCUGCGCCGAGAACCAGAUGGACAGUAUCGAGUGUCGCGUCGUAGGCCCGGGACCCAUGGCCGACUACGCAGGCCAGAAAAUAAAGUGUGCUCUCCCCGACGGAUUCAGGUGCCUGCAUCUCGACCAGACCGGCGGUGACAUGUGUUACGACUACGAAGUGCGGUUCAGUUGUGACUGUAAGUGAAGUAAUUCCUGAACGCGUUAUUCAGUCAUAAUUUACUAUGAUUUAAAACAAUAAUAAUCAUAAAUUUGCAGUCGUUUUCGUAGUAGUGGUGACAUUUGCUAUGACUAUGAAUUUUGCAACCAUUAUCGUUAUAGUAGUAGGGACAUUUGCUCUGACUAUGAAAUCUGGCUAAGUUGUGACUGCAAAUCAAUUGAUUCCUGAAUGGUUUAUUCAGUCCUAAUUUGCUAUAAUUAAAAAAUAUAUGUUUUUUAGUAGUUGUGACAUUUGCUAUGCCUAUGAAGUUCGGUCCAAUUGCGACUGAAAGAGAAUUAAUUCCUGAACGAUUAUUGAUUCUUAAUAUGCUAUAUUUGAAAGAAAAUGCUUUUGCAAUCAUAAUAGUAUUAAUGUGUGUCUACGAAAAGACAUGAAUUAAUAUUAAUAUGAAGUGACUGAAUUUCACACAACACAAUAAAUGUUUAACAUGGAUUAUCCUGCAUGUUGUAUUUCAUUAAAUAUAUUUUGUAGUCAAUAAAAUAAAGAAACUAAA